GAGUAUAGAUUUUUUCAUCAGAAAAUGUGUGGAAUUUUUGCUUAUCUCAAUUACUUGACUCCAAAAACACGUCAUGAAGUACUGGAUCUGUUGGUGAAUGGCCUGAAACGUUUGGAAUAUCGUGGAUAUGAUUCUACAGGUGUGGCCAUUGAUGCUCCCGGAGAGCAUAAUGACAUAUUGAUGGUGAAGCGCAGUGGUAAGGUUAAAGUAUUGGAAGAUGCCAUACAUGAGUUGUGUACCACUGAAGAUUACGCCGAACCUUUGAGGACCCAUGUGGGUAUUGCCCAUACUCGAUGGGCAACGCAUGGCAUACCAUCGGAAUUGAAUUCACAUCCGCAGAGAUCUGAUUUGGACAAUAGUUUUGUCGUGGUACACAAUGGCAUCAUUACCAAUUAUAAAGAUGUCAAGACGCUAUUGGAGAAGAGAGGAUAUAUUUUUGAGUCGGACACUGAUACGGAAGUAAUUGCCAAAUUGGUGCAUCACUUGUGGACUCAACAUCCAUCGUAUACAUUCCGUGAAUUGGUGGAACAGACCAUUCAGCAGCUGGAAGGAGCCUUUGCUGUGGCCUUUAAAUCUCGCCACUUCCCCGGCGAAUGUGUGGCUUCCCGCCGUGGUUCCCCAUUGCUUGUGGGCAUAAAGACCAAAACCCGUUUAGCUACCGAUCACAUUCCUAUACUCUACGCCAAGGAACAUCGCCCGCAUGGCCAUAGUGGUAUGCAAUCAAUGAUGCCUGUUGCACGCACUGAAUCCCAUUCCGAAUUUAUGCCUUUGGACGACACCGAGGUGGAGUAUUUCUUUGCCUCCGAUGCUUCGGCUAUUAUAGAGCACACCAAUCGUGUCAUAUAUUUGGAAGAUGAUGAUGUGGCGGCUGUGAAGGAUGGUGCCUUAAGUAUUCACCGCUUGAAGAGAUCAUUGGAUGAUGCUCACGCUCGAGAAAUCACGACAUUGAAGACAGAAAUUCAACAAAUUAUGAAGGGUAACUACGACUAUUUCAUGUUGAAGGAAAUCUACGAACAACCCGAGUCGGUGGUGAAUACCAUGAGAGGUCGUGUACGUUUCGAUACCCAGGAUGUGGUCUUGGGUGGCAUUAAGGAAUAUAUUCCCGAAAUUCGCAGAUGCCGUCGUUUGAUGUUGAUCGGCUGUGGUACAUCCUAUCACAGUGCUGUGGCCACAAGGCAGCUUUUGGAAGAGUUGACCGAACUGCCAGUUAUGGUUGAAUUGGCUUCAGACUUUUUGGAUCGCAACACUCCCAUUUUCCGUGAUGAUGUUUGUUUCUUUAUCUCUCAGUCGGGUGAGACGGCAGACACGCUACUCGCCUUGCGUUACUGCAAACAACGGGGUGCCCUCAUUGUGGGAAUCACCAACACCGUAGGAAGUAGCAUUGGUCGCGAAUCACAUUGUGGUGUUCACAUUAAUGCUGGUCCUGAAAUUGGUGUUGCCUCCACCAAGGCCUACACCUCACAAUUCAUUUCCUUGGUUAUGUUUGCCUUGGUAAUGUCCGAUGAUCGCCUCUCCCUACAACCCAGACGUCAGGAAAUCAUAAAAGGCCUCUCAAAUUUGGCCGAUCAGAUUCGUAAAGUCCUCGAAUUGGAUUCGAAAAUCUGUGAACUUGCCAAAGAGCUGUAUAUGCACAAAUCCCUGUUGAUUAUGGGUCGUGGCUACAACUUUGCCACAUGCCUUGAGGGUGCCUUAAAAGUUAAAGAAUUGACAUAUAUGCACAGUGAGGGCAUUUUGGCGGGUGAAUUGAAACAUGGUCCCUUGGCCUUGGUCGAUGAUGAAAUGCCGGUGCUCAUGAUUGUCCUACGUGAUCCGGUGUACACCAAAUGUAUGAAUGCCCUGCAGCAGGUUACCUCGCGCAAGGGACGACCCAUUAUUAUCUGCGAAGAAGGUGACGAGGAAACAAAGUCCUUCUCUUCGCGCAGUUUGGAGAUACCACGCACCGUCGAUUGUCUCCAGGGUAUUUUAACAGUCAUUCCUAUGCAAUUGUUAUCCUAUCAUAUUGCCGUUUUGCGUGGAUGUGAUGUUGAUUGUCCACGUAAUUUAGCCAAGUCUGUAACCGUUGAAUAA